AGCGCUGGAUGCGGAUGCGCGUGCUCGAAACGGUCAGAUCCUAGUGCGCGCCCUUUCGCAGCUUCUCACAGCGCUGCUUCCUCACGGGAAGGCCCUCGGAGUUGCGUCAUCGCACGUCAUGCAACUAGUGACGCUGCUGGUCCAGAGUGGGGUGGAGUGGUGUGACGCGCGGAGGCUGAUAGCGUUCCUGAUCAAGAUUGCGGCUUCAGCGGUUGAUAAGGGGCAUGAGGCGAUGGCCAGGGCCCUGUGGGAGCAAGCACUCACCACACUGAUGCAGCCAGCUUCCAAGACCUUGAAGUCUGGCAAUCCCCCCGUGUGCCCCUUGUUGGUGGCGCGAGCGUGCGUGGUGGCGAGCUAUGCGUCGCAUUCAGUGGACCAUGGCGCAUCGGGGCACGCGCAUCAGUUUCUCCAGCAGCAGCUCUCGCCAGCCAAGGUAGCAUGGCUUAAGCCGACACACUGCAGUCUCACCUCCCCCUUUUUCUUGUCACUCUCUGCUCCCGAGCGCCUCGUCAUCCAUGUUCUCCCUAUCUCUUGCUUCGCUGACUACCUUCCUUCCCGUGUGCAGCCUGGGAGUGCUGUGGCGAGCAUCUGGGCUGCUGUGUGCGCCGCUCUGCACCUCGCUACCGCCUAUUCCAUCAAGCGAGACUCAUCCAGCAAUGCCAAGCCACCCCAGGGCGGCAGCGAUAAGGCCAAGGGACGAAGUGGAGAAAACACGGAGGAGCAGGCGGAGAAGAUCGUGGGAGCAGUCCAAACGGCAGUGGCGGGAAUUAAGGCGCAGCUGGCUAGGCUGGGGAAAACAGGGGAUGCGGGGAAGCGAGAGUCGGAGGAGGGGAGUGAGAAGGAGCGGGCUGUGGCGUUGUGUCACGUGCUGGAGUGUGUGGAGUCAGUGGUGUCCGCGUUCGCCCAGCAGCAGUGGCAGGAGGAGAUGGCACGGCGUGUGAAGGCAGGAACCGGUGGGGCGUGCAGCAGGAAAGGCUCCCAAGUGGAGCGGCUGUGGGCGUGUCUGCAAGACCUGCUGCUCUGUGUAGUGCCAGCUUCUGCCGCGUUCCACAGGCUGGCUGGUUCAGACCCAGACUUGCAGUACCUGUGCCAGCUCCGCUCAGCUGCGUCCAGCUCCCUCGCUGCUUACCGCCUGGCCCUGCUCUCGCCCCCUGCGGAGAAGAGUGCAGCGGCACAGCAGCUGAAGAAGCUACUGGUGGAGGGGCAGAGCGGGGUGGUGGAGGAGAGGGACCGUGAGUGGAUGCAGUGUGUGGUGUAUAACAUGGGCGUCAACUUCUAUAACGCCAACCGCUACACUGAGGCGUUAGAGCCGCUUGCAAUCAUCUUCGCGGCUAUCAAGGCGUCCCCGCUGAAGCCCAGGCCAGAGCAGCAGGAGGGGGAGAAGGAGAAGGAGAAGGUGCUGCAGCAGUGUGUGCGCUGCAACCUGCUCGCACUCUCCCUGAGGCGCACAGGGCAGCUGGAGCAGGCACAGCAGGUGCUGGAGGAGGGGCUCCAGCGGUGGGGGGGGGUGCAAGCAGCGAGGAUGGAGGCGGGAGAGGAGCACGUGCCCCUGCACGCCAUUGAGGGCAUAACCAGCGACCCUGCCGCCCUGGAAGGGCUCAUGAUGCAGGAGCUGUCAGCAUAUGAUGACUACGGGCAGCAGCAGCAGCAGCAGCAACGGUGCCUGGCAGCGCGCACUGACGUGCUACAUCACCUCACCACGCACGUCCUUGCACACCGCCCUCACGGCGCCCUGCACCGCGCUGCUGCCUUGCUGGAGCACACCCGCUGCCUGCGCCUCCUCUCCUCUGUGCGCAACGCUGCUGCUUCUGCUGCGCCUGCUGCUGGCAGUGGAGCGGUGGAGGGGCAGGGAGGACUGGGGAAGGUUCGGGAGUCUGCAAGGGAGAGUCGAAUCUGGGACGGGCUGAAUGGUGCUGUUGACCUGAUGGAAGGCGAGCUUCAGGCGAGAACCAGCGCCCUUUGUGGCAACUCAAAGGGAAAGGACCCCCUCACGUUGCUAAGCAACUGGAUGCGGCUCAGGAAGAAGGAGCAGAAGGUUAGCACUGGCGGUAUUGGAUGCACAAGUACCGGGGCUGGUGGAGAGGGAGUGCGUGCGGUGGUGGAGGUGCUCCGAUGCUCCGCCGCUGCUCUCAGCGUCAGGGGCAUGUUCACGUACGAGAUGCAGCCAAGCAACCAGGCGGCGUGGGAGGACCUAACAAGAGCAUUGGACCUCUGGAGCAUGGCAAUGCGCCUGUCUCCAUUGCCGUGGCCAGCCUCCUUCCUCUCCCGAGCCUCCGAGUGCCAACUCCUUGCCUCCGUGAUGGACCUUCUGUCCCUUCAGGCCUCAUCACACCACCUCAUGGCUCGCCACCUAGCCCUGCGCCUCGCAUGCUCCAGAUGCCCUGCAUCUGCCUCUGCCUCGGCGGAACCUGGGCAGCAGCAGGAGAAUGCAGAGUGGGAAGACAGAGCAGAGGUGUACUAUAGGCUAUUCGGCAAUGCUCGGCCAUCUCACAUGCUCUGCGCGCUCGCUCUCCCUUCCGACCUGCCGGCGGGACCUGCCUUGCAUGGGACAGCAAGGGGCAGUAGUGACAAUCCGGGCUGCACAGGAAAGGGGUGUGGAAACAAGGGCACGGCGGAGGAGCCGUGGGGCCCAGGGAGUGGGGAAUGGUCGCUUCUGAGAGCAGCAGUGGCGUUGCAUGAUGGGUGUAGUGAAGGGGAGCAAGUGGUGGAACAGCUGAGCAGCUUGCUGAAGAAUCAAGGCGACGAGGUGCGGGUUGGAAGCGUGAACGCCCUGCUCUGGUGCUCUGGAUUGGCGCCCCUUGCAUGCUGCAAUCGCCGUUCUGCUUCAAUGUGCAUGUUGGUUCAAAGUCAACAUGUGGCUUCCAGAAGAGCAGCAUUAUCCUUCCAUCUCGUGACCCGCAUCCCCAUGCAUCCAUUCAUUUAUCCCUCCCACCCUCCCUCCCUCCCUCCCUCCCUCCCUCCCUCCCUCCCUCCCUCCCUCCCUCCCUCCCUCCCUCCCUCCCUCCCUCCCUCCCUCCCUCCCUCCCUCCCUCCCUCCCUCCCUCCAUCCCUCCCUCCCUCCCUCCCUCCCUCCCUCACUCAGACGGUGAAGACGGUGAAGGUUAUUGCCUUUCAGAGCGGGCUGCACUUCUUGCUCGCACACCAUCACAUGGCACACGGCCUCGCCACCAAGGCGUACCACCAUGCUUCAGAGUCGUACAGGUGGCGCCUUGCAGCCUUCUCCCACGUAUUCACCCCGGCCUCUCGUGAGGCUAUCACUGCUGCCACUGACGCCGCCAUGCCGGCCCACUCCGCUGCCACCUCCGCUGCUCCCGCUGCUUCCGCACCUGGAAACGCUGCCCCCGGCGCUGGCACUGGUGCCGGUGCCGGUACUGGUGCUGGUUCUACUGGCACCUUCCUGACUGCUGCCUCCUCAGACGCCUCCCUGAUCACAUAUGUGACGGCUCACGAAGGCUCUUUUGCCAGCGCUGCCACCGCAACCACCACCACCACUACCGGCAUGACUGCUGGAGGCGGCGUUGGAGGGGGCUGUGAGAAGCAGGAGGCGCAGGGGGGGAAGAAGCACGUGCCUGGGCUUCAGUGCGGGAUGCGGGAGGGGGAGCACCUGGUGGCGACGCAUGAGGCCAUGAGGGACAUGUGGCCUGCUGUGGUUGGCAGGCGGCAGGUGGACGUGGCAGGCAGUGGUGCUCCCAGUCCGUGGAGGCUCGUGGCUGAUUAUGUGGAUAGCCUGCACCAGCUGGGGAGUGUGUUCGAGCACCUGGGUAUGACUGAUGAGGCGGAACGGCGCUUUACAGAAGGCCUUCACAUUGCCCGUGCUCUCGCUCUCCCACAUGCCCAAGGCAUCUUCUCCUCCUCUCUCGGCCAUCUCAACCGCAAGUGCAGGAACUGGCACAAGGCCGAGCAGCAUCUCUCACAUGCAGCUGCUCUGCUGCGUGCUGCUCCCACCCACCCCUCCCACGCACACCCACUUGCUGAGGCCACCUGCCGAGGCUGCGCUUCCAUAGCUGAGUCGAACCUCCAGCAGAGACUUGGGGACCUGGCUAGGCGGAGAAAUGAUCUGGAAGGUUUGGGACUGCAAGGGUUGAAGGGCGGGCGUGAGAAUGCUCAGGAAGAGGAGGAAGAGGAGGUGAGCUCUGCAUUAAGGCCAUCAAGGAGGAGGGAGGGCGUGGGUGAUAAGAGAGGGAAGAAUUGUGGUGGUGACAGGGGAAGUGGUGACGGUUGGGAGGGAGCGGUUGAGCAUUACAGCAGGGCCGAGAAGGCAGUGGGGCAGUUGGUGCCUUGGUAUGGCGAGGUGCGGAGGGCGUUUGAAGGGCAAGUGGAGGGGUUGAUGGGUGAGGGGUGGGAAGGCAGUGAUGGGCUACAGGAGGAGGAGGACGAGGAGAGGGGUGGAUGCUUUGGUGGUGCUGAUGGGGAUAUGGGGGAGGCGCAAGAGGAGGAGAAGGGUGAUGUGCUGCCGUGCAAGCUUCUGCAGAGAUUUGAAGUGGAGGCACACGAGGCGGAGGGAUGCUGUGGGGAUGCGAGGCUGAAGGGUGGUGAUGGAGGGAGUGUGGAGAAAGGCGGGGAUGGUUAUGAUGCUGCAGGGGAGGAGGAUGAGGAGAAGAGUGCAGGGAAGGGGAAGGGAGGGAAGGGUAAGGCCACGGGUAAGGUCAAGGCCAAUGCUAAGGCUCCAGGGAGAAAGGCGUUGGGCGAGAUCAAGAUGAAUGGGGUGAAAGCGGAUGGGACAAAGAAGUCGGGGCAGGACGUGGAUGGAAGCAGUGGAAGUCCGGGGCCGAAAUUGCGGAUGCCAGCUGUUGAGGAGGCACAAGAGGUUGCUGCUGCUUCUGAAGCUGUACAGACGGAACAAAACAAGGCACCUGGAAAGGUGCGAGCAAGAGGGAAAGCAGGCGGAAGUGAGAGUGAGAGGGGAGACGGGGAAGUCGAGGAGGGAAAAGGGAAUGGCACACAGAGCAAAGCGGUGGGUAUGGGAAGAAGAGGAAGCAGGGCAAGUGCGACAGGAGGGCGAGGACGCAGUAAUGCAUCUGUCAGGGGUGGGAAUAAAGCAGCUGGUGUAGACAGGGAGGACGAUGAUGUUGUGGAGGUUAUUGAAUCAGACAGUGACGAGGAUAGGAGCGCAGCAGAAGAGGAUGCUGGGGCAAAUCCAGCUCGCAGGAAUUCAAGACAGGGGUUGAAGGCAGGUGCAGGGCGCAGGCAAACAAAGACUGCGGCUGAUGGGAGUGAGGCUGAGGAGACGGGACUGAAGGCAGGUGGGCGAAGGCUAGGAGGGAGGGGCACACAGGCCAAGAAAAGAACGUCAACUACGGGUGUAGGGGAUGUGGAUGGAAGUUCAUUCUCCACUGUUUCUACAAUUUCUGCCUUUUCUGCUGCUUCUACUGCUGCGACUCCUGCUCCAGCUGGUGGUCUGCGGAGGAAGGUCAAGUGUCCAGUGGAGGUGGUGUCACUGCUGACUGAUAGUAGUUCCAGUGAUGCAAGUGAUGGUGACGCACAGAAGGGUGAUAGUAACGAGGUGAGCAGUAAAAAGAGUACUGUGGUGCUAAGGACUGCCAAGAAAACGACUCAAAAGGCAGCAGCAGCAGCACGGGGUGUCAGGCGUAGAGUAGGAGAUAAGGCAGAGAAGAAGCAGAAAGAAGAGGUGGAGGAAAAGGGGGAGGAGGAGGAGGAAGAGGAAGAGGAUGACAUGGCGGGUUUGUUUGGAUCUUGCCAAAAGCGCGUUCUGAAACGAUCUGUGCGCACGCCUGCAAGCAGGGCGAGGAGGCGACAAGUGGUGGAGGAUGAGGAGGAGAGCAGUGGCGGAGUGGAGGAGUUUUUCAGUCCCGUGGAGAUAGCAAGAGGCGCUGAUACCAUGGCCAGACCGAAGGAUGGGAGACAAGGAAGGGGGAAAUUGUGGGUAGAAGGGGUGGACGUGGGAUCGGAGUGGAGUUGGAGAGCUGAGGAAUGGAGGGCAAAGGACGGGGCCAUGUGCGAGGAAGAGUGGUGGAGUGUGGGAGGGGCAGGGUGGGAGUUGAAGAAGGAAGCAGCUGGUGCAGGGGAGACGCAUGAAUUGGUGACGGCAGCGUGGAUGGCGGCUGCAGUGGAGGCACUGGUCACUUCACUGCUCUCACAAGCGCGCUGCCACAUGGAAGCCUGCAAUUGGUCGGUGGCAGGCCACCUGCUGCGCAAAGCGCUGGCAGUGGUUGCAAGGAGCAGCAGCACCUCGCUGCACGCUCCCACAACCCUCCCCUCCCUCGCCUGCUGCUCACUCCCCUCCGCCACAUCCCACUCUUCCUCCACCUGCCCCUGCGGAGAACCCUUCUCGGAUAGACCAGCGUCAGCUGGAAAGAUGGGGCAUUCUCAGCGGCAAGUGCGGGAGGAGCAGGGGGAGUAUGCGGAGCAAGGGUGGUUGCAGGAUGUGCAGGUGUGCUGCCAGCAGCAGGCGAGCAGUCCUCUGGUUCGUGCUGCCCUGCUGCUGAACGUGGGGCGCCUGUCGCUGCUCCUGCUAAACAGGCAGCACCAGGGGAGGAAUGAGGGAGUGGUGGGGAGGUGGGAGGGGCUGAAUGUGGGUACAGUGACGCACUGGCUGCUGCAUGCAGCUGCUCUCUCCUCCGAAGAUCCUCUGCUCUUCCGCAAGGUCGCACACCUCAUAGCCACCACAUGCGCCACUCCCCUCACCGCCACCCAGCGCAACCACGACCCAUCGCACCCCCUGUCGCUCUCCCAUCACAUUUCCCACCUCCGCGCCCUCUGCUCCUUACCAUGCCACUCUGCUGCUUCUGCGGCUGCUGCUCGUGGGGGCGGUGGUGCUGCUGGUGCUGCUGGUGGUGCGUGUGUGUGUGACCCGGCGCUGCUAGGAGCGCUCUUCCACGCUGCUGCAGUGGGCGCCACAAGCCGCAUGCAGCAUGUGGCACAGCUCAUGGCGCAGCAGGGCAGGCAGGGCGAGGGGAAGGUGGUUACGAGCAGGGAGGCGGAUGGACGGCUGGAGGACAGGCAUGUGGUGCACGAGAGAAUGCUGGAUGCUCUCAGGUUGCCCGUGUGCCCUCACCCUCGUCACCUCGCCUCCUCCAUCCGCGCCUUCCACCAGCACAUCAGCCGCCUCCCCUCCUCGUUUCCUGUCAUCCACCUGAGUGCUCUCGAGGGCGCCCCACACGCACACGGGGGUUUGGUGCCUGCGUUUCGAGGCCAGGCAGGGAGUACGAGUGUGGGGAGUGGCAGGGCCACUGCGAAGGCUGCUGCAGCAAAGGGGAAGGUAGGAAAGGGGAAGAAGGGAAAGCAGAAGGAUGAGGUUUCAUCUCCAUCUUCCUCGCCCUACUCCUCGCCUGCUGCCUCGUCCUGUGAGUCUGAGUCUUCCUGUGUCCGCGACCGGCCUACCAGACACGACCCCACAGCACAGCACAGGGCAGCAGCUGCUUCUGCAGCAGUGGUAGCAGCAGCAGCGGCGGCGGCGGCGGUGGCUGGAAGGGUGACAGGUGGAGGGAGGGAAGGUGCAACACCAGCCACAGAUGCAGGGGGGCAGCAGGGGAGGCAGAAGGUGCAGUGGAUUGAGGGGCCAAUGCAGCAGACGAGGAGGGAGUUUGAGGCGAUUAUGAAGGAGAGCAGUGUGUCUAUGGCAGCGGGCGCGAGUGCAGCAUCAAAGGAGAGCAAGGCAGCAUGGUGGAAGUGGAGGCUCACGUUGGAUGAGCGCCUGCAGGUUAUGCUGAGAGGUAUGGAGAGGCAGCUGCUGGGGCCGUGGGCGUUUCUGCUUCUAGGACAGCCCUGUGAAGGUGAUGCUGUUGAUGCUGCUGACGGUGGCUCAGUGGCUGGUGAUCUUUUAUUGGCAGCAGGAAGGGAGCUUGCCCAGGUUGCUGGCGUUGAGUCUGGUUCUGGUAGGGGUGGAGAGGGGUGGGGUGUGGUGGCAGGGUGCGAGAGGGUGAGAGAGGCAAUACAGUGCAGCUGUGAUGACCCCGUGUGCUCGCUGGUCGCUGUGCAGCAGGCCCUGCAGAUGCAGCGCGCGGCCUUCAUCAUUCACCUGCUGUUCCGUGCUGCCUCUGCUGCUGGGACAACUCAGAAAGCUCCUGUGACAGCUACUGCUGCUGCUACCUCAUUGGCCGCAUCCACUGCCUCUGAUGCCCUUGCUGCUCUGUCCGUUGACUUGGAAGAGCUCGCUGCCACAGCUCACCAAGCACUCUCUGCAUUGCCGCUGGUGGAAGCGGGAGGAGGGCACAUGUGUGCGAGAGCAGCUGCGGCAGUGGAGGCACAGGGGGAGAAGAUGAGGCAGAUUGUUGACAGGGCUCUUCAGAGAGCAGCAGAGGCUGCUGCUGCAGGUGGAGGAAAGGGAGGGGGCGCUGGUGCUGGCGCUGCUGUGAGGCGUGGCAGCAAUGGGAAUGGGGGACGAGGGUCGAAGAAGGUGGAGGUGCAGUUGAAGGAGAUGGGUGGAGGGAAGCGCAUGGUGCAGUGGCAACCGGUGCAGCUGAUUCUUGAUAGCGCCAUACAGGCACUGCCAUGGGAAGGCCUGCCCUGUCUGGCCCAGCAGCGCAUCUACCGCCUGCCUUCCUUCACUGCUCUGCUCUCCCUGCUCGCGCACCACCAGCAUGCUGGUCUGCCUGGGAAGCACCAGCAGACGCAGCAGCAAGGAAGGAUGAAAGGGGAGAGGAAGCAGGGUGGCGGGGUGGGUGGGAGUGGGAAGGCGGGGCAGGGAGCAGAGGGGCAGGUGCGGGUGAGAGUGGACGCGAGGAGUGCGUUUUACCUGCUGAACCCGUCUGGGGACCUCAAGUCCACUCAGGGCACGUUUGAGGCGUGGUUCAAGCAGCAGCGCACAUGGAAGGGCAAGGUGUGUGAGGCGCCAUCAGAGGAGGAGUUCAUGAAGGCACUGGAGCACUACAGCCUCUUUGUCUACUGCGGCCAUGGCAGUGGUGAGCAGUACCUGCAUCGCUCGUACCUCAAGAAGCUCUCUCGCUGUGCGCUCUCUCUCCUCAUGGGCUGCAGCAGUGCUCGCCUCUCCCCCCGCGGGGACUACGAGCCCCUGGGCGUACCACUCAACUACCUGGCUGCUGGCUGCCCUGCCAUCGUGGGUAACCUGUGGGACGUCACAGAUGGGGACAUUGACAGAUACUCACAGCGGAUUCUGGAAAGCUGGGUUGGGAAGGCUCGGGUGGUGGGGUGUGGGAGUGGGGUUGGGGAGAGGGAGAAGCGUGGGGGUGGUUCGUGUGAGUGUGAGAAGGUGGAACUGUGUGAGGAAGGGGUGGGGGGCGGUGGGGAGAGGGGGGAUUCGGUGCUGGUGCUUCCGGAGUGCAAGUGUGUGUGUGUGGGAGGGACUGUGGCGGAAGCGAGGAGUGUGUGUCGGCUGCGGCAUUUGAUUGGGCUGGCUCCUGUGUGCUAUGGAGUGCCGUGCUCCCUGCAACCAUCAGAGCCCACAUGA